GAUGGGGACUCGCGCUCCCGUUAAAGCUUCCCGGAGAGAUACCGGACCGCGGACUCCGCCUGAAAAGAAGAAGGAAAAUAAAAAGGAAGUUGAGGAGUUUAUCCCAAUUAAGGAGGAACCAGAGAAGGAAGAUGUGUUGACAGGAGAGGACAUCAUGGCUCUAGCAAUAAAACCAGAGGAUCUGCAUACGCUUCAUGCGUCCCGGACGCCUUUAAAGGUAACUCCUGUCACUCGUAGAAUGGUGGUUCGAAAACCAAAAAAGAAAGAAGUGAUAGUGAAAAGGCUUAUAGCUAAACCUGUUCCACCUGUGGAUGAACUAAAAACUGUGGACUAUUCAGGUCCUGGGGGCCCUCGCUUCGACACAAAGGGGAGAGUUCUGCCCCACAGCAUCCUUGGAAGCUUGGCAGAUUUUAAGCAGGAAUUGCUUGCAAGAGGACUUUGUGAGAUGGCCAAUGCAAUAUCCGAACGCCAUCCAACUGAAGCCAGGCCCCAGGAGUUGCAGGUAUAUGAAAAAAAGCCCGAAGGCAUUAUUUAUGCCAAAUCACAAAAUCAGGAUCAUGCCUUGGUGAACUGGCAGUGGCACAUGGCAGAGAGGAAGAGAGCACAGCAACUAAUUUCAAAUCUCCUGGACAAGCCAGUUGAAGACCUGCUGAUGAAUCAAAGUGAGAAUAUUGGACAGGCAAGACAGCAGGCUAACCUCAUCGAUCAGACCAUAGCAGCUCUGGGUCCUGGGAAGGGUUUCCACGUAGGGAGUGAGUUUUGGGCCCUACCACCAAUGAUUGGAGAUGAGUUAAGUGGAGUGGCGUCAACGCUAACACAGACAGAACGUGGAUUCCCACCACCCGUUGUUCACAGCGGGAAACCUCAGACAAUCAAACAAGAGACAGGUACUGACUUCCCUCAGGACAAAAAUAAUCACAGGAAGUCCAGAUCAGAAAGUUUGUAUCUGAAACAGCGAUUGGAAGAGAUGAAGACUGUUCUAAAACAUUUGGACUUCAGACAACCAGACAUUGAUCAGCUAGAAGUAAUUGGAACUGGGCGCCCCUUCAGCUCGAUGUCAGUGGAAAAUUACCCUUUGGAGGAGAAGCACCCUACAACACACAGUAAUGAGAACAGUGACCUGCUGGAGGAUUAUCCUGAUGUAAUUGAGGAACCAAUCAUCGGUCCCUCCAUUAUGUUCUCUGGACAGCCCGCCCGUUGGCUGACUGACACCUGCUCUCAUAAGAAUGAGGUUGCUAUGAUUGUCCGGCUCACCUUUGAAGCAAUCGCAGGUGACAGGGUCAUCUCCUGUCUACAGGUGAUAAAUGAUGGAACCACAGUCAUUUAUUACAAAUGGAAACGUCUCCCUGAGCAGAAACACUGUAUAAUAAAACCAAGUGACUCGUGGAUACAAAGAUUCUACUUCAACACCAACUCAGGUGUCAUUCUUCCUGGAGAGACUGUUAAUUUACCAUUCACUUUUAAGUCAUCAAUUGCUGGGAUCUUCACCGAGUCCUGGGAGUUUUGCACUCACCCGGUGGUGUUAGGAGGGGCAUCUCUGCAGGUGGCUCUGUGGGGGGUGGCUCUGUUUGAAGACAAGAAUGAAAGUGCAAGACAACAACUACAGGAAGAACUUGAAGAGAAGGAAAAGAUGGCCAUAAUUGAACAGAUCCUGAAUGAGGUGAUAGGUGGAGUGCGCACCCCACAGCAAACCCCAUCUCCUAUCGAAGUUCCAUUCAUUGAGGAAGAGGUCUUUGAGAUGAAGAACCCCAAGCUGCACUACAAGUAUAGUAUAGUGCAAAGCCUUAAGGAAUUAUGGAAACAGUGCUUUGUGCACAGUAAAGAUGCAGAAGAAGCAGGAGAUGGAUCACAACCUGGAGGUGUGAGCGAGCCCACGGACAAGAACCAAUCCUCCACCAAGCAUCUGGAGCAUCUGGACAACACAAAGCUUAAGGGCACGCCGACUAAAGGCCAAUCAGUUGAUGAAGCAGAGGAGCAAACCAAGCAAAGGACUCGUUCUUAUAACAAGGUGAUUUCUCACCGUGUGGAACAUCUAGAGAUCACAAAAUACCCUGAUAAGGGUGCAUCAACCAACAAAUCACCACCAGCUGAUGAAGCAGAGGAGCAUUCCAAACAAAGGACUCAUAUCCAUGGCAAGGUGACUUCUCAUCAAUCUGAGCAAAAGCAAAGCAAGGAGAAGACCCACUCCCACGGCAAGAGGUCUGCCCACCAUGUAGAAGAAAGAAAGAUUGUGAAACCCCCCGAAGAAGCAAUACCAACCAACAAAGCUCAAUCACCUUAUGAAUCAGAACCUGAGUGGGACCUGUCCAUCGAUUCUUUCAGACAGGAUGUGCUAACGUUACUGGAGAAUGAGGAACAGAAGGGGAAGGCCUUGGAACAGCUCAACCUGAAGAUGCUCGAACUCUCCACAGCACAAAUCAAUAUGCAAGAGGACAUUUUCUACAAAGUGCUCUAUCAGCUUUGGCAAGAAGCAAUGGAUGAGCUUGUUAGUUGUUCGAUGCAGCUCAGGGAAAUAAUGGGCCUGCCUGAAAAGGAAACUGAAGACAGUGUCACUGUGGAAGAACCCCAAUCAAAAAAACAAGGUAGAAAGGACAGAAGAGGAAAGAAAGGAGUCAAAUCCGCUGGGAAAGAGGAUGAAAAGGAGAAACGCCUGUCUGCCAAAAAGAUAAAGGUUAAGGAUGAUAAAAAAGUUGUCAGUCCCUCAUCAUCGAGGGGCAGCAAGCAGGCAGCGACAUCUAGGGAAAGCCCUGAACCAGAUCAGAAUCAGGAAGAUCCCAGCGUACAGCAGAUGUACAGAGAGAAAUUAUACACAGAGGUCUAUGGACUGAUAGAAUCCAUGAUGAAUGAAGUUUCUUAUCUCUUUGAGGAGCUGAAGGGACAGGACACUGAGCCUCUGGAUAAAUGUGUUUGAGUGUGAAUGUAGCUGUAGCAUGGAGUUGACUUCGUUAUUAUGUUAGAUUUCAAUAUAUUUGUGGAGGUUAUAUUAAAUUAUUUUAAAAG